AUGAAAAAGCUCGGUCCAGGUAGCAGGAAGUAUGAAGAUGACACCCAAGAAGCAACAAGACUGAUACGUCGAGCGGCGUUUGCGCAUAACUCCACGAACAUCGUUGGUGCACCGAUGGCUAGUUUCUUGUUGCGCAAUCACCAACGUUUUUACUUCUCCCAUGAGUUCGUAUAUUGCCCUCUGAAGGACAUAUUGAGGUUGCUGAACAAAGAAGCAAUCACAGUGGAUGCAAAGCUGUCGUCGGACGGAAGUCUGUUCUUCGAGAAUCAAGCAUUUCAUUAUCUCUGUCGCAGCACAGACCUGGAGUCCUUGUCAGUUCGUCAAUUUUAUGAAGGUUACUUUGCCUGGGACAUGACAAAGGCGAAAAAGAAGCGUAAGAGGAACGGCGAAAAGACAUUCUGGCGGUUCGAGAACAUGGAUCAUUUCAUCCAUCCAUCAUCGAAGCAAUUGAAGAAGAAGAAAGGGACGUAUGGAUUGCCCAGUCAAUGUGCUGUGAAAUCGGAUAAGAACAAAUUGAUCAAGGUUACUCAGUGGGAUUUUCCAGACACAAGCCUUUUUCGAGCGAACAUGCUUACGUGUCCACAGGAUCAAAUCAGUAUCAAAAUGGAACAGUACUGCCAGAGCGCUUUGUCGCUACUCAUGCCCUUUCGAUCCCAAUCUGAUUUUGUUCCUAUCGGGUACAGUGGUCGGAAACCCUACACGAAUAUACUCAGAGAAGCGCACAAUGAUGAUGAAACGAAACGUCAACAAGAUGACAUGCCAACCGUCUUCACCGAUGAAAACAUUAGAUUCCUUCAAAACUUACAAGACUGCGCACACAACUUCACACGGCACAAGGUGUCGAACGAUGACCUGCAAUCCGUAACGGAACCAUAUUGUCCACCAGACUGUGUCCGAGUGCAAGAGCAAGAUGAUGAUUCAGAUGAAGAAGAAGGAUCCGACGACAUUCCUUUUCCUAGUUUCUUCAAUCAGCUCGACGAAGAUGUGACAGAUGAAGAGUUCAUGUUCCUUGAAGCCACGAUGCAGGGGUACUCGUUUGAUAGCAUCAUGCUUAAACGGAAGAAGCAAACGGAAGAUGCUGACACGGUGAAGCUACCAAUUCCUACCAAUGAUUGCGAAGACCCAAUGGGAGCGGAAGGAGACUUUGUUGAGUAUACUGUUCACAUACAAAGUCAUACCGUCGCGGACGCAACCGGUGCCGGAAUAGGCCAUGGUCAAAAGCCAUUUCACAUUCGUGAUAUUGUUGAGGUUCUGUUGACUAAGACUACCGCACGAGCCAGGGAAGCAAUUUUUGAAUACAACAAAGGAGCGAAGGUGCAUGAAGCAAACGGAUCUAUCGCUAGUAUCUUGGAAUGGGCGAGUGCAGGAAAACUUGACCCGCUACAACGGCGUGCGUUCGAGGCCAUUAUAUCGGCCUUUCUGUUGACAUUCUAUGAUGAGGUGGUAGACGAGGAGAACGAUGGCUUAAUUGAAUUCACUGUGAUCGAGAAGUAUCGCAAUACGAAGAAAAACCUGAAACUAUUGAAAGGAGGCGAAGGAACCCAGCUCAUAUGUCUUGUCCACGGUCCUGGAGGCAGUGGCAAAACUACCGUGAUCAACCUUACCACAGCCUACGCACGCGAAUUCUGUAAACUGAUUGGCUCUGAAUUCACUUCACGAACGAUAGUUAUUACAGCCUUAUCAGGCGUAGCCGCUACGUUACUUCACG